UUUAGUUGUGCAUUUAUUGAAAGGGAAUUAGCUAACAAGGUGCUUUCAUUAAAAAGUGAUUAUGUUUGCUCACUUGGGCAAGAGCUUUGCAGGAGUUCUCUCCUCUCUAAGCCCUCUUUGCGAGGUUGAAGGUCUUCUGGGCAUUCUGCCCCAGAGCGAGGGGUACCUGUGCGCCUCCGCUCCCCUCCCUCCAGCCUUUGCCGUAUCUCUGCCUAAAUCGAAUUCCGCAGCCGCUGCCACAAAGGAAGAACUGUUUGAUGGUCAGUCUCCCUCUCUUUCUCUCGCUGGGCUCAGGAACCUGAGCUGCCGAGACCUGCUCUCAGUGCCUGCGCUCAGGUGCUGCAAGCUGCAAGUGCAACUGGUCCUGUUCAGAAAAGUGUGAGGUGUGUGUUUUUCUAGUUACCCCCAUAGAUAAUGUAAUCAAUUAAUGUCAUUACACUUCCAGUUUGUUGAUUCAGAAAAUUAAUUUGCAGGAUACCGGAUAUGGUUGUACUUUGAUUCCUCUCAAUAGGACCCACGUUAGUCUGCAAAAAAAUGCCCUGUGAAAACUUACAGACGAGUACAUUAAUUAUUAUUCAUUGCCGUAUGGAAUUAAAAUAAUUAUUACCAUUUUAUGACUGACCUCUAACACUUUCAGCUAGUUUUAGUGUAGGAAUGCGUUAUGUAGAAGCAUAACCGUAAAAGAAAACAAGUGUAUCCUAUUCAGAAGCAUCUAAAGUAAUUACACUUAUUUAGGACUUCUAAAAAACAACCCUUUAAAAGCUUUGAUCACUUACUUAUCCAUCAUAAAAUGAAUAAAGAUGAGCAGCGAUCUGACAGCCCGUCCGCAGUAGCUUUUCAGUCCUUCCACAAAUGAGUGUAUUGUCCAAGAGUUGUCUCCAUAAAAAAUAUUGCUCUAUACAUAUAUAGACAUGAUAAUGAAAAAUCAUGAAAACAAGAAAAAUCAUCAACAGCUAAAACCGUCUACCUUCAGUGUUCAAGCCUUACACUUUAUGAUGUAGUGCAUUCUAUGUGAAAGAAUUUAAGCCAAUAGAUACAUGUUUUCUGGGAGAAGGAAAAGUGGGGGGAAAAAAGCCCAAAACAAAACAUCGCAUGAUAGUCUUUAAGCAGUUCCAUCUGUCCAGCAGAAAUUUCAGGCUAAUAGCCUGUGGCGCUGCAGUCCACUGCCCUCACUCCUCUACCUGACUCUGUCCUAUUAAAUCUCUCCACUCCUCCAAAAAAAGAACUGAAAGAAAAGAAGGAACUUGUGCAGACCCAAGUCAACCGGCCGGUGGUGGUGGUGGUGAUGAUGAUGAUGAUGAUGUUGAUGAUGAUAAUGAAGAACAAGCCCUAAUUAAAGGAAGGAAAAAAAGCGACCUCAGGCACUCAGUGAAGUGGAAGAAAAAGGGCUCAUCAUUCUGUUUUUUUUAAGACAGCUCGCUCUGUGAGCAGAUGACUGCCGCUCACCUUGCCACGGGGUCUGCGUGAGAUUGGUUCAUUGUCAAGGAGUUUUUUUUUUUUUUACCCAUGAUUCCAUAUGGUAUGGAGCGGGCUACAUGUUGCCCAACAUGCCAGUGCAAAUGUUUUCUCAAUUAGGUGUCUUAUCUCCGGUGAGUGCACUAGCAUCAGAUGAAGCUUGCUGACAGCGUAAUGGCAGGCAAAACCUCGGAAGGCUCCAUCAAAUGGCAGCUCUGCUACGACAUCUCGGCCAGGACGUGGUGGAUGGAUGAAUUCCAUCCAUUCAUUGAAGCGCUAUUGCCCCACGUGCGAGCGUUUGCCUACACAUGGUUCAACCUGCAGGCCCGCAAGAGAAAGUACUUCAAGAAGCACGAGAAGCGCAUGUCCAAGGAAGAGGAACGGGCGGUGAAGGACGAGCUGCUCAGCGAGAAGCCGGAGGUCAAGCAGAAGUGGGCAUCGCGGCUCCUGGCCAAGCUGCGCAAGGACAUCCGGCCCGAGUUCCGGGAGGAUUUUGUGCUCACCGUCACCGGGAAGAAGCCGCCAUGCUGCGUGCUCUCCAACCCUGACCAGAAGGGCAAGAUGCGGAGGAUCGACUGCCUGCGCCAGGCGGACAAAGUCUGGAGGUUGGACCUGGUCAUGGUGAUUUUAUUCAAAGGUAUUCCUCUCGAAAGUACUGAUGGCGAACGGCUGGUAAAGUCCCCACAGUGCUCGAACCCAGGGCUGUGUGUGCAGCCUCAUCACAUAGGAGUUUCAGUAAAGGAGCUCGACUUGUACUUGGCCUACUUCGUGCAUGCAGAAUCAGGGCAGUCUGAAAGUCCAAACCAGCCUAGUGAAGCUGACAUCAAGGACCAGCCAGAAAAUGGACACCUGGGCUUCCAGGACAGUUUCGUCACAUCAGGUGUCUUCAGUGUCACAGAGCUGGUGCGAGUUUCACAGACGCCCAUUGCGGCGGGGACGGGGCCCAACUUCUCCCUGGCAGACCUGGACAGCUCCUCCUACUACAGCAUGAGCCCGGGAGCCAUGCGCCGGCCGCUGCCCAGCACCUCCUCCAGCAGCUCUGCAAAGCGCAUCAAGUGCAUGGAGGACGAGGUGGACAGUCCAGGAGAGGAGUCCUACUACCCCGGGCAGGGGCGUUCCCCGGGCAGCGGCAGCCAGGCCAGCAGCUGGCAUGAAGUGGAACCAGCUGGAUAUAAACUGCGUGGCUCGCUAGCUAGUACGUUCAUCUCAAGACAAGGGAUGCCAUCGCCUACUACAUUAAAGAAGUCAGAGAAGUCUGGUUUCAGCAGCCCCGUGCCUUCGCAGACCUCCUCCCCCCGAACGGCAUUCACACACCAUCAUCGGCCUGUCAUUACAGGACCCAGAGCGAGUCCACACGCCACGCCGUCAAGUCUCCAUUUCCCGACGUCGCCAAUCAUCCAGCAACCCGGCUCCUACUUCUCCCACCCUGCCAUCCGGUACCACCCCCAGGAGACCCUCAAGGAGUUUGUCCAACUUGUCUGCCCUGACAGUGGUCAGCAAGCUGGACAGGUGGGGUUCCUUAAUCCCAACGGGAGCAGUCAAGGAAAGGUGCACAACCCAUUCCUCCCCACGCCCAUGUUGCCCCCUCCGCCGCCCCCGCCCAUGGCGCGACCCGUGCCCCUGCCUGUGCCAGACUCCAAACCUCCCUCCACUUCCACGGAGGGAGGGGGCAACUCUCCCACCUCGCCAACCUACUCCACGGCCAGCACGUCCCCAGCGCAGCGGUUCGUCAGCGUUGGCCCCAGAGACCCCAGCUUUGUAAAUAUCCCUCAGCAGCCUCAGUGGUACCUGGGCUAAAGACUCCAGACUCUCACCGCCCGCUCGACAGACCACUUGACCCCCGCUGUCUCCCCUGAGUGCAACCUGCAAACCUGUACACCUGUCUGACAGAGAGGAGCCGCCCGCCGACCCCCCCAACACACACCUGCACCUGAGAGAA